GAGAAACUUCCUCUUACUCUCGAAGCAUCAAUACAAUGGUUGCCGUCGUCAAAGCUCACGAACUCCGCAACAAGAACAAGGCUGAGCUUCUCAAGGUUCUUGAAGAACAAAAGCAACAACUCGCUAACCUUCGUGUUCAAAAGGUUGCUGGUGGUAGACAACAAGAAAUUGGUGAAGCUCGUAAGAACGUUGCCCGUGUCUUGACUGUUAUCAACCAAACUCAACGUGAACAACUUCGCCUCUUCUAUCAAAAGAAGCGUUUUGUUCCUCUUGAUCUCCGUGUCAAGAAGACUCGUGCCAUGCGUAGAGCUUUGACUCCUUUUGAAAAGUCCAAGAAGACUCUUCGUCAACAAAAGAAGUUGAUUCACUUCCCUCUCCGCAAGUAUGCUGUUAAGGCUUAAAUAUAAGAAUAAAACAGUUUAUGCUUUGUUGUAUAUUUCAUUGUUUAAUCUAUUAAAUUUAAAAAUAUAUCAAUUUGAGGGGAGGGGGAUGAGAUAAUAUGAUAAUUAAGCGUUUCAUUGUUAAAAUUAGAUAAAAAUAAUUAUUACGUCUUUUUGUUUACCUUCAAGUCAUUAAAAAGGGUGUAUUGUUAUUAACCAAAUUAAA